AUGUCGGGCUUUUGCGGUGCUGCGGCGACAGCAGCGGAGGAGUCGAUGGCGCCGCCGAACAGCCCACCGGAGCGCGAGGUGACGGCACCGAUGCAUGACAUACCCGCAGACGUCGGGUUUGGCGCAGCAGCGCUUCCCCACAACAUCAGCAGCUGGGAACUUCUGGACGUUGAGACGGACGGGGACCCUGCAGCCUUUUCGGGGUCGUCGCCAAUCCAAGCUGGCCGCCGGGCCACCUGCGUGGAGGUUGCCGUGGAUCACGAAGAUGGCGGGGGCCACGCUCUGCAAGCGUCGGCAGCGACGAAAGAGCUGAGGGCCGCCUCUGGGGAGCCUCCCGCUGCACUUCUGCAGUUGUUCGACACAGAGAGCCGCCACACCGCAGACGACACCCCGUCGGAGCACGCGCCAAGCGGCACCCCCGCUCCGAAGGGGCGUGAGCACCACCGCUUUGGCGUCGGCAAGUUAGCAGAGGCGCAAUACUCCUUCACCCGCAGUGUGUCAACAGUGUGGUCCCUCCUCUCCACUACCUCUCAGGCCCACCUGCCUGUGGUUAGCACCGGCCUGUGCCCGGUGCUGGGCCCGAAGACGACUGCCACCCCCAAAGACGCUUGCUGUCUCGGUAUCGCCGUCACAGAGGCCACCUCUACUGGCCAGCCCGGUGCUCACGAGCAACAGGAUCACAACAUCAACUCCUUGCACGCGAGCUCGGGGAUGGCGGGGACGUGGAGGGUAGAUUCCCUUCCGAGCUCACUGCCGCUGGCGCCACAAAGCAUUGGCGUGUCGCACUCCUCCUACGAGGCGGUCACGGAGCAGGCGAGCCAUGGCACCGGUGCGUCAAGCUCCGAGAUGCCAAUAGGCGCCGUGACGAAUGCUAUCCUCAUCCCUCGCGUCAUCAGUGUCGCGACGACGUCUCUGGCGAGCGAGGGUGAGCUGUGCAUGGGUGAGUCCCGGCGGGCGGGUGUGUGGACGCCGGUCUUCGCGGAUACUAGCACGCUCAGCGAUCAAGUUGCGAUGACCUCGAUCGCGUCGUCACUUCCGUCGCCUUCUCAGGGCGCACCUGUGCUGUCAGAGGACAGUAUUCGACGGCUCGGUGAAGAGGUGGCAGCCAGGGAGACGCAGGUGGCUGCUGUGGCGAUGGCACUGGAAGGUCAGCUGGAGCUUGAUGGGCCCCCAUCCAUGCCACCAUCGCCUUCCCCCGAUCCCGGGACUAGCGCGGGGCCGAGGUGCGCGUGCGAGCAGCCAGCCGAGCUACUCGCGUGGUUGAUGAAGCCUUUGGUGUCGCUGUGCGACCAUCGGCCGCAUCCAUGCACCUGCGAGGAGGGUCGGGCGGGAAGCGGUGCGGCGAACACCCCAGACACGGGUCUAGCCGGAAGCGCCUCCGCGCAGAGCAGGCAGUGUGAACAGAGGAGAGCGGCGGCGUGGCUCUCCCGGCGCAUGUCCUUCAUCUCUUCGUCAUCCCUUGCCACAUCGCCGCUGCCCUCGGCUAUGCCCAGCACCACCUUUCCUUCAGCGGCGGCGCCGGCCACUUCAGCUGCCUCGUCCUCCAUCUUCACUCUGGAGUCGUCGCUGCUUUGGUCGCAGGCCUGCAUCGUGUGCGCCGGCAGCUCGCAGCGCGCGCUCAAGGGGCUGCACCAGCUGUGCGACUAUGUGUGGCAGGACUUGAAGAACCACUGGUACCCGCAGCUGCGCCUCGUGCUCGGCGAUCACUCGUCGGCGCGCAAGAUCCGCUACGGGUGUCGCGCGCGUCGUCGUUUCGAACCGAAGCGCACGUCAGAGAACGGCGAGAGCGCCACAGCGACAAGUGAUGCCCCUACGGAAACCACCGCGGGAGUCUCUCCCGCCGCCUGUGGCGCUGCCUCCACCUCCCGUGUAGAGGCAAUGCGGUAUCGCAGCGUGUCGUCGCCAUGCUUCUUCAACGGUGACGUUCGCAUCACCAACGACUCAGCAGCGCAUCCGUACAUGUCGUGGAGGGAUAGGGCGGCGACGGCAGCGACUUUCCAUCUCCAUGCCAGUAACAGCAACAGCACCAACAGCAGUGGUGCCAGCAGUCCGCUGCCGUCUCAGUCCACUAAGGAGGGUAUGCGACUCUACGCCGUCAUGACCGCCGAGGCCGUUGCGUCAGCCGCGCAAGGUCUGCUGGUGUUUCUACUGUGA